CAUAGCAUAGGGGUUAUUUAUUAUUCCUCUGGUUUGGUUUCCGUCCAAAAAAGAAAAGAAAAAAAAAAUUCCCAAACCCUUGAGAACAAGUAGAAGAGGAGAGGUUUGAAUUGUGGCGGCGUCGGUUGGUGAUGGCAGAAAUCGAAACCCUAGGGUUGCUAGACGAGAUCCAAUCCCUUGUCUCCGACACCCUCCAAGUGGUUUCUUACAAGUGGCUCAGUCGCAAUUAUUUGCUCUCAUCAAAUGCUGCUAAGAGGUUGCUUUGGGAAUUCGUUGAAAAACACGGAGGAAGCGGAAGCGGUGGUGGGUCGGGAUUGGAACUGGAAGUGGUAUAUACAUUGUCUGGAUGGUUGAAGAAUGAUUCCUCUAAUUACCAUAUAACCCUUGUUUCCUCUCCUAAACUUUCAGAAGCUAAACAAGAGUUUGAUGGCAAUUGCUCAGUUCAGGUUUAUAGUGUGCAAGCUUCUGUUCCAAAGGACCCAGCUGCACUAUGGAAUCCCGAGUUUGUACAAGCUGAAGAGCUCUUUAAGCAGUCAUUUAAGGUUGACAAUUGCUUCAGAGAUAACAGGUUCUGUGGGAUUUCCAAUUCCUUUGUCAAGCGCAAUAUGGAGGGAACACCUGUUAGCAUUGCAAAUCCAAUGCCCAAAACUGCUGGAGGCCAAGGGCAAUCCAAAAGCAAUACUAUGCAUCAAAAUAAUGUGGUUCCACAAACUCAGCAAAAUAAAGUCCAGGAAUCUAGCCCAAAAGUUGUUCUGCAGACUCCCAAUGUGGUACAAGAUGUCAAAAGUGAAACCGAUGGCACAGGGGUUCACAGUCAGAGUACCAAGCCUCCUUCAGAUAAAGAAAAAGUCCCUCCCAUGACUGCUGGAAAAAAGAAAGUCCAGAAUGGUAAAAGCUCUUCUGGCACUGGGGGUUCAUUGGCCAAUAUUUGGGGUCGUGCAUCUGCAAAGUCAAAGCCAGUAGUCCCUGUGGAAAAUAAUAAUGUCCUUCCAAAUCCAACUGCCAGUGCAGAGGCUCAAAUAUGUGCUCGUGAAGCUGUAGAGGGUGGCAGCAGCGAUGAUGAUGGUCAAGAUGUCAAUUUUAAGAGAGCCUCCAAUGGUGAGAGUGGUAAAAAAAGGAGAGUUGUUUUUGAUUUCUCAGACGAAGAUGAAUAUGAAGAUGCAGUCAGUUUAGCAUCACCAGAUAUUCUGAAAGUUCAAUCAUCUCAAGAUCAGAAACAAAGUACAAAAGUUUUGGUUUCAGAGAAAUCCAAUUUGAACUCGGACAAGCAAAUAGAAGAUGAACUUGAGGUUAAGGAAGAGAUAGUUACGGACAAAGAUUCUAACCAACCGCUGAGAGAGGAUUCUUCAGUUAUCAGUAAGGGCACAAACACUGGAACUUCCUCUACAGAGAAAGUUCAAAACUGUAUUCCUCAAAGUGAUGUAAAUAAGAAGGAUAAUCUGAAAAUUGCUGCUCCAAAUUCCCCUAAAAGAAAAAAGGUGUUGAAGACACGGAUCGAUGAGCGGGGAAGAGAAGUAACUGAGGUAAUCUGGGAGGGUGAAGAGACAGAAGCAAAGAAAGCCGACAGUAGUAUGACAAAGAAAACUGACAACUUUGCAUUGAGCAAUACAGUUAGCAGGCCUCCUGCAGCUAAGAAGUCACCAACAACAGGAACCACGGCUCCAUCCAAUCAAACAGGUAAAGCAGGAAAUAAGAAAGCAGGGAGCUUGAAAGAUCCCAAGCAAGGCAACAUUCUUUCAUUCUUCAAGAGGGUUUAAGGAGACGUAUUGGAUACUUAAGCGAAGUGUCAAUGUGAAUAGAGAACUAUAUAAAUUGAUGGGUCUUUAAAUGCUAGUCUUCAAGUAAUUAUUAGGUUCUCUUGAGUAAUUCAGUCUGGGUUUCUUUUAGUUGGAGGAUUUAAGGGAUUUUGGACAAAAGGUUGUUAAUAGAGCACCUUGUGCUUUGCCAAGGAGGGAAUCAAUGUAUUUGCGUUCCUCUUACGUUUAUCCAUAGAGUACCUACUCUAAUUCUUUGGGAAAUGUCAAUGUAACGACGGUUUUACAAAGAGUAUGUUUCUUAUUGUCACAA